AGAAGAGUGUGAUUGUUCCAAAGGAACACGAAUUCAAACCGCAAUGGGAUUUCUGCAAAGGACUGCAAGAUUAUCUGCUAGAGCAGUACGGGCUGGGCUUACUCCUAGCCUAGUGACCUAUUUCUUCUGGAUAGGAUGCGUUACCAGUGUCUUCGGAGCGUGGGCGCUGAUAUCAUACACUCCUAUUGAGGAGUACUUGUGCAAUAUCCAUGGCGAGGUGAAUAUCACCAAUGGCCAAACAGUUGGAUGCGGAAACUGCACCGACACCCUCAUGCUUUGUGACAAAUCGGAUUGCUGGCAACAAGCUUUCAAUCUCUCCUGGCAGUUGGAUGCUUCCUCGCCUGCUGGGCAGUUCUACGAUGCUUUCCAAGAGGCAGCCUUAGACUCGACGUGCAACUCCCUUGCAAUGUCUGCAGAUUCACCUGCUACCAUGCUCAGCAACAUCGAGGACAGAAGGCUGAGUCCAAGCAAACCCCAGGUGAGCGAGUCGUGCGUGACCUGGAAUUGUCGGGUCUUGCUUCGGGCUUUCGUGCGCAGCCUUAGUCCUCAAUUGACAGGCCCUGGCGCGUGCACCAACAGUAACCCUCCCAUCAAGCCGCCUUGGCAGGCUACUGAUUGCACUUGCGAUGCUGAGACAAUCACCAUGGCGCAGGCCACAUCCUUCCGGACGUUGUGCGGCUCAAUGGCAGCAGGACUGCGGAUUGCGGUCUACGACAGACACGUGGCCUCGAAGGAUGCUUGCUACCAAGGUUCCAUGGCUGCAGCGGCCGCUGCCUAUCCAUUAGAUAUUCGAGAUUUUGCCAUCGACACCAACUGCGAGUCCAUUCUUCAAAAUUCACAGUCGACGUUGGAGUGGUUCGCAGUGAGGGACUACAUCACGAAAAGCCUCGCCUCUGGCGGCACUAGUGCAACUUAUCCGAUAGCGUCCUAUUGCAGAAAGGUUAUGUGUACAGCUUUCGUCGCAACUUUGCAGCUUCCAGAGUGCAACUUUGAAAAUGGCACCUAUUUCACAAGCGCCGUGGUUACCACAACAACGCUUGAUGCUAUAGCAACAGAUUGUGCGAAUGAAGGCAUGACCCUCACCACUGCGUCGAUGUGCGCAGAGCCAGCAUUCAAUGUAUCUUCAUAUUGUGCUGCAAACAAUGUGAGGCGUUUGGAUGAACUUGAUAUGGACUUGAAUGUGCAGCCAGGAGUGAAGGCAUUACUUGCUUCUUUGGUUCCCGAACGCAAACGAGACCAGGAAGAGGCUACUGUGCCUGAAGCUCCCAUUGAGGAGGUAUCCUUCCAGGCAGAAAGACACACCUCGUUUGGGCAUGCAGCCCUUCAAAACGCAGUAGUUGGAUUCGAUGGUGUGGAGGUGUUUGACCAGAACCUCGAUGAUCUGGAGAAUUGCGGAGGCAACUUCUGCACCUCUGACAGGAGGCUUCAGACAGCGACUACUGCACCAGCGACAGCUCCAGCUUCAAACCUGCAGGAAUACACAACGACCCCCUGGUCAACAUGCACAUGCUACAUGCAGUGCAUCCCCGGUGUGAGGACAAGGAGUGUUUCUUGCCCAGCCGGAGUAACCUGCCAGGAGCCAAAACCUUCCUCUGCUCAAUCAUGCGUGUGCAAGCACUGCUCUGAUUGUGAUGUGCUGCUCUUCGUUCUCAUCACGGCAUUUGCCUACCUCUUCCAAGGGGUCGUGUCCUUCUUGCUGUGGCUGGGCUUCUUGGUGGUGGCGUUCCUGGAAGAGGACGACUACAUAGACAUGUCCAUUGGUCUCAAAUGCAUUGGCUGCUUUUGUAAAUUCCUGUCAAUCAUAACAAAGAUCAUGACGUAUGCCACCAUGCUGCUCAUCAUUCUUCUCACAAUCACAGCAUUGGUUCCUAUUGGUGAUGCCUUCUCAGACUGCAAGGAUAAUGCAACGUUCACAAUGCUCGCCAUUGGAGGCAUUUGUGUUUGGGUUGUGCAAUUGAUUGUUGGCGUCUACAUGCACAAGUACAAGCCAAUGCCACCCUGGCUUCAUACCGCAUCAUCUUCAGGGAUCAAGCGGCUCUUCUUCAAGCCCCUGAAUGUAGUUGGACCGUGAGACAUGUCUUCCUUUUGAAUCUCCAGGUAUUGAGAUAAACAGUGUUCAACCCGAGAGUACGUUCACAUCUUUGGUAUUCUCAAGUUAGCACUGCCUGGGCUCGAAUUGCCUUCUAGAGAAAAUUGAUGAGAAGUGAAAAUUCCAAUUGCGCAGUUUCACCAAGUAGCAAUUUACCCGACGCAGUUUAGUUGCGAUGCCGCGCAUCCAUUCAUGACGCUAAAGCCGUUGAUUGCAGGUUGACAUUGAGAGCAUCUUGGAGCGACGGAAAACGCCCGGCAUCGUAGUCAAGUCAGCAGAAGCAUGCAGAAGCCCUCUCAAAGCCUUAAGCUGCCAAAAGCUGUUGUGUUGGGAAUGGCAGCUGUCACCAUGGGAGAGAUUAUGGG